CAUUAAAGGCACAAUACAAGCAACCAAGCCUAUAGUUUUCCUGUUGUUAGUGUGUAAGCUGUCUGAUGCAAUGCAGUGUGGCCCUGCAGAAUAUCUUGUUAAUGGUGAAUGCUGUCCCAUGUGCCCUAUUGGAUCUCGGGUUCUACGCCAUUGUACAGAGUUUUCAAACACUUCCUGCAUACCUUGUGUAGGACCAACUUACACAGAUCAGCCCAAUGGACUAUUGUCGUGUUUCCCGUGUAAAGUCUGUGAUCCAGGACUACGAACUCUUCAUGGCUGUACUAACCAGAAGGACACAGUCUGUUGGGUUUUAAGUGGAUAUUAUUGCAUAGACCAAGCAGAUGGAGGGUGUAGGGCAGCUCGCCCACACACUGUGUGCGCUCCGGGACAGUGGGUUAAACAGCCAGGUUCCGAUUCUACUGACACUGAAUGUGAAGACUGCCCUCAAAAUUCAUACUCAGAUGGCCUUUUUACAUCAUGCAAACCCCACACAGACUGCGAAGCCAGGGGCCUUCAGGAAAUCAGACCUGGAACCUCUGCAUCUGAUGUUGAGUGUGGGGAAAUGUCCAACCCUGUGGUUCCGAUAGUUACAGUGCUGGCGAUAUUCAUUCCUAUCUCUAUCAGAGUGGUAAUAUUUCUUGUUCUCAAGAAAAAAAUACCAUUUUUAAAGGAGGUAAAACAAGUUGCAAAGAAAUUAGAAGACUCCGGAGAAAGCUCAGAGCUUGUGAACAGUGGUUCUUCCCAGGGGAAUCGUCUGGCACCAUGUCAGCUUGAGGAAACGGAAGAGAGUCGAAAGUCCUUGUAUCCAGACAUCGGAGAAGCCAGUCUGCGCUGAUCCUCUGGUGCAGUCACAUAGUUCUAAACCUACUCCUGGGAUUGCAAUUCUGUCCUCUGGAGACUUACAGAAACAUCAGGACUCCUGAGAAGCUCUUCAGACUUCAAACUGCCAUUAGGCUGAAUGAACAGGCUUCGUGUGCAAGAAAGUGGAGAGACUG